GGCCGGGACCUAGGUGAGUGAGGGUCCGAGCGGGUGCACCCGAACGGCCGCAGGGACUGCGGGGAAUUGCGGGGCAAGUCAUCUGUCAUGCUGCUCUUCUGUCCGGGCUGCGGGAAUGGGCUCAUCGUGGAAGAGGGACAACGCUGCCACCGUUUUGCCUGCAAUACCUGCCCCUACGUGCACAACAUUACCCGCAAGGUUACAAAUCGGAAGUAUCCAAAGCUGAAAGAAGUGGAUGAUGUGCUUGGUGGAGCAGCUGCCUGGGAGAAUGUUGACUCUACUGCAGAGCCAUGUCCCAAAUGUGAACACCCUCGUGCCUAUUUCAUGCAGCUUCAGACCCGCUCUGCAGACGAGCCGAUGACCACCUUCUACAAGUGCUGCAAUGCUCAGUGUGGACACCGCUGGCGGGACUAGAGCCGGCUGGCCCGGCUGUGUGGGUGGCUGUGCACCUCACUCCCCGAGUGGGUUCCUGCGGGGAGCAAGCACUGCGUGUCCUCAGGGUCUCUGCUGGUGUGGCGGGAAGCCGGCGUUCUUAGGGUUGUUGGCCAGGGUGUCAGGAAAUGGACAGGCCACCUGCCAAUCAGUGGAUGAACUCAUUGGUGUCCAGGGAGAUUUUGUGUGGGGGCUUAGCAACAACUAAGAACACUCUGUUUAAGGUCCUGUUCAUUCAUCUUUACAUUUAUUGGGCAAUCAAUAUUCUUUACUAUCAACCAACAAUCUUAAGUAUUUACGUUGCACAACUAAUAAAGUAAAAUGUAUUAAUUUAGUACAUUAGUUGUUCCUAAAUAUUUAACUAUUAAUUGCAAACUUA